CCUCUCUUUCUGCCUUAAGCAAAUCCGAAUUGCAAAAUGUGAAACCAGACCUAAGGGGGAUUCGUUGUUGCACCUUCGAGGUGGAGUGAGAUGCAGGCGCCGGCAGAGAUGAGUAGCGGCGCUCCAUUCCUUCCCAUAGAAAUCAUCUCCGACGUUCUCAAGCGACUUCCGGCGAAAUCCCUAAUCCGAUUCCAAAGUGUGUGCAAUCUCUGGAAGAAUCUCAUCAAGAGCCCAUCUUUCAUUGCCAGCCACCUCGAUCACUCCAACCGAGAAUAUCCCUCUCUUAUUUCCAUGGGACAGAACAGGGUCUCCAAUACCUCGAGUCUAUAUUUUCUCGACCGCGACAUGCAACUCCGCCAAGUUCAGAACGAUCCUUUUCUCGAUUCGUUAGGGUUCGCCAGUAUCGUCGGCUCCUGCAACGGCCUGCUCUGUAUUCAGACCGAGCCGCUUGGUACUUUACUGUCGCUUUACUUGUACAAUCCUGCAACUAGAGAGCUUAGUGUGGUGCCUAGAAGCAGAACAAUCAUGGAUUUCUGUCGUUUUCGUAUUUUGGGCUUUGCAUUCAGUCCAACUAUCAACGACUACAAAAUUGUCAUAACCUAUAUGAGGCAGGGUGAUGUGGAAUAUGAAUUUGAAGUUUAUUCACUUACCACAGAUUCAUGGAAGAAAAUAGAAAAUCCUGGCUUGGGCAGAAGCAUUCUCUCUUAUGGUCUUACCUCUAAUGCGUCUAUGUUUUGGUUUGCAACAAAAAAUAGUUUGACAUCUCCUACUUGUGUCAUAGCUUCAUUUGAUAUAGCAACGGACGGGUUCAGAUUGAUACCACAGCCUCCUUUACCCAUCAGAGAAGAUGCUAGUCGCAAGUUGACGAUGUAUGAGAACAGGCUUGCCGUAUUUCAUUAUUCUAGGGCUUCAAACGCAGGAAAUACUUUAAUUGAUUUGUGGGUAUUUGAGGAAGGCGUUGCUGGUUCUUGGAGUAAGAUACUGACUUGUGGCCCUUAUCCGCCCAUUGUAAAACCACAUACUUUUUGGAGGAACCAGAUUGUCUGUAACGUUUAUGCUGGAUAUUCAGUAGAGGGGAACUAUAAGAUUGCUGCUAAUGGUAGUUUUUUGCUUGAUCCCGCUUCUAAUGAAGUCAAGGUCCGUUUUGCGGGCAGAAAUGAGAUUCUUUAUGAUGUCUUUAGCUAUGUUGAAAGCCUUGUACUCAUUAGCAACAUCCACUCUGAAAAGCAUUGAUUUUAAAGGGUUUUUUCCACUGCUCUAAACUCAUCAAGUACUUGGACGAUUUGUGGGUGAUUGAGGCAAGCAUGGGUGCCUCUUGGAGUAUAUUUCUUUCAAAAGGUGGAGCAUAGUGAUACCGGCAUUGGGCACAAUCCUCCGUCUCCAUCUUUUUCUUCUGCCGCAACCUCUUCUCCAAGAAAUAAAACUUUUCUCUUAUUUACUUCUAGUAUGCAACAUCGUAUUGGCUACAAGAACAUUAUAAUAGGUUUUGGCUUUUAAGAUCAGGAGCUGUUUGAACCUUUGUUUGGGUUGCAAUUGCUAUGAUGCAUAUGUAUGAAUGUGGAUGAUGGAUUUUUUGGAUUUAUUAUUUAUUCUGAGACCUAGUUAUGAGAUGCAUUAAAAUGUUCGAGUAUUCUCGAUUGUGAUCAUUGACUGUAAUCAUGUUAUUGAUAGCAGAUGCACUUGCUAGUUGUACAUAAAU